GAUGGCAGCGACCAAAGCGGAGCUGCUCCUCUCCGCCCUGCAGAUCUCUGACCCGCUGUCAGGGAUCCCGCCGCCGCUCUCCCCGCUGGACGGAUACGCCAAGCUGGAGGAGCUUCAGAUGCUGCUGCAGAACGCCGCGGCAGGAGGCUCGCUGCUGGCCGCGUCUGCAGUGGAGGGAGGCGGUCUGCUGAGCGGAGAGCCCGGGGAGUAUGGAGACUCGCUGUCAGACCUCCCGGACCUUCAGAACCUCCCCCCUCUCACCCUCGUCACCCCUCUGGCCUACAGCGGGCGCUUCACCUUCGAGCCUUCAGCGGUUUCGGCCUCCAACUGCAGCAAUGGAGGUCUGUGGGCGGAGCCUCUGCUCAGCCUGUUCACCGGGUUGGUCAGCAUGGCGGCUCCGCCACCUUCAGGCUGCAACCUCUCUUCCUCUUCAUCAUCUGUGACAUCAUCAGUGACAUCAUUGUCACCUUCCCAGCCGACCCUCAGCUCUGUCCAGAUCAGCUGCGGCUCUGCGGACGUUGCCUCCAUCUUCUCUGCCACGCCGACCUACACCUGCGCCACCGGCUCCGACGCCCUCCUCCCACCUGCCGACUCCCAGCCGACCCCCCAGGCCUUCCAGCCACAGGGCCCUCCUCCUGCCUACCCUAGCUCCGCCCCCAGACUCGGCCUCCAGCCGUCCUCCCUGGUGGUGCCGAUGCUCCCGGACUACCUGCUGCCUCAGCAGGUGCCGGACGGUGAGCUUGGUCUGAACCAGGACCAGAAGCCCCCCCAGCCUCCGCUCACACCGCUGUCCACCAUCAAGGCCUUCUCUACACAGAUCCAGCCCCAUGGCCCCUCCUACCAACUCACCAAGCCCAGCCGGCCCAGGAAGUCCCCUGCAGGCCGGCAGUGCAAGACGCCGCCCCACGAGCGGCCUUACGCCUGUCCAGCCGACGGCUGUGACCGCCGCUUCUCUCGGUCUGAUGAACUGACGCGUCACGUGCGCGUGCACACGGGCCAGAAGCCAUUCCAGUGCCGCAUCUGCAUGCGGAGCUUCAGCCGCAGCGACCAUCUGACGACGCACAUCCGCACGCACACCGGAGAGAAGCCGUUCGCCUGCAGCGAGUGCGGACGCAAGUUUGCUCGCAGCGAUGAGCGAAAGAGACACACUAAGAUCCACCAGCGACAACGAGACCGGAAGACGGACCGGAGUUCUUCCUCCGCCGCUGUCACCACGCCUCCCACCUCCUCUCCCUGCUCCUCCUACUCCUCCCCUGCCCACAGCUCCUCCUCCCCCGCCUCACUCUUCUCCUCCACCCUCAGUGUGCAGAGCGCCUCACCCUGCUUCACCUCCUCGCUGCCCCAGGCCUACGCCUCCUCGCCGUCCCCCCACCUCCUCUCCUCCUCCUGCUCCUCCCCGAUGGGGAGUCCUCAGACGGAGCUGCCCUCCCCUCACAGCUCCAACAUCUGCUGACGGACACGAGGUCCACCUGACCCGACCUGUGACCUCAGACUGACAUCAAACUGCAGAGUUUUAUUUUUGUGUUUUUUUGUGUGAAGAGGUCAGAGGUUGGCGACAAACUGAACUUGAGUCGGCUGUCAGAACAGAAUCAGGAGAAAACUGCUGAAUCAGAGACUCACUGACUGAGCUCCAUGUUAAUGUGAUGCUGGUGUGAGUGGACGUCUGUACAGAAUGUUUACAUGUAGAAUAUGUACAUACAAAGAGUUUUACCUACUGAGUAGGUUCUGGGACGUUUACAUGCAGGUCAGUGUUUGAUUUUAUACUGAAACUGUUUCCUCUUAAAACAAAGAGCUUCCAGAAUAAAAUGUCUAAAUCCUG